UCAGCCUUUCUCUUGGACGUCGCGAUCAGAUGAAAAAUGAAAACAGAGCAAAAACGACCCGAGAACGGAUCAGAUUUCAGUUGUAAUGCAUAGCUCGUUUGAGACUGUGGCACUUGGAAAUUGAGACGAGAUUUAGGGUUGAUUGCCAUUCAUACACCAUUCAAAAGUGCCUUUGACGAGCUAAUUACGAGUCAGUUCUGUGGUGCAGUUCCGUUUGAUCGUCACAUUCAAGAAAUUCCUGUCCAGUGCAGAUUGGUCACGAAUGGAGACCUUCUUAUUACGAGCCCAGUUGGAGGGCGUGGAGGAGGACUUCAUUCCGCAGGAGCCCGAGGAGAUCACGCGGGAGUGGCUCUUUGCCGUGAUCAAUCAGUAUCGGAAGGUCCGCGAUCUGUCGCUUUUGGCACAUCCAGAUGAUAUCACGGAUUGCUCCAUCGACGAGUGUGACACUUCCCAUGGCUAUUUGAGCACCACCUACAAGCUCCUGGCCAAUUUCCGUUGCAAAAACCCCUUAGGUUCUGAAGAAUGCUCGUAUGCGUUCUUUCUGAAGAUGCUGCCGGGGAUAGAGGACAAACACCGGAAAUUGUUGUGGAACACCGAAGUGUUCCGCAAGGAAAUCCAAGCCCAGUUCCAUCUUCUGCCCCUUCUUCAGCAGUUUCUCGCUCAGAACUGUGACCCUCCGGUAGAAAUGAGACUAUUGCCGGACGUGGUGUAUGGAUCCUUUGAUGACAAGCACGGUGAUGGUAUUGUUGUUCUAAUGGAUCUCAAUGAAAGAGGCUUCUUUCCCAUGGACCAUUAUUUUGGUCUCAGCUUAGCUCAAUUGGAACGGGUCGUAGAACGGCUUGCUGAAUUUCACGGAUCCGGAUCUGCAGCCUUGCUGAAAACCGCCAAAUCAGGAGACAAACAAAAGCAAACUUUAGCUGGCCAAUUCCAGCAGUUUCACGCGGACAACCAAAAACGACGCCAAUCCUAUUAUGAGAGUCUCUAUCCACAAUACCGAGACUUUGCCAAGUUCCUCCGUAAAGUGCCCGGCUAUUCGCACUUUUUCGAUAUCGUAGACCAACUACGACCACACCUCGUGGACAUCAUGAACAAAGCCGAGAAACGGAAGAGUCGAUUUCCGUUUAAGGCGAUCCUUCAUGGUGAGCUCUGGGACAAGAAUAUUCUCUUUCGCUACGAGCAAUUGACCCAACACCUCGAGUUUGUGCUCACGGAUUGGAAACACCUCUCCGUGGGCAGUCCAUGCCAGGACCUCGCAUUCCUCAUCCUGUCCUCCACCAACAAGACCCUUCGACACAAGCACUUGAAACACAUCUUGACCAAGUAUUUCCACCUAUAUUGCAAUCACUUGAAGAAGGUCCACAGUCUGCAAUUUCCCAAGCCCGGCUUUACAUUGGAACAGUUUGUCCAGGAAUACCAGGAGGCCUCUCUCGGCGCAUUUCUCCAGGUGGUGACAGUCAUGAUUCGGGAGGUCAAGUACUUGGAAGCCGAAUUCCUCAAUGCCGUGGCCGACGGCUCGGACGAGGCUCUAUCCAGCGCUCUGGGCGAACAGCUUCGGAUCUUGGGUCGCCGGUUACUGGAGCUGGCCGAUGAGUUCAUUCCCCAAUUGAGUCCAUUGCCGGCUCCAUCUGGGACAUUGGAGAGCGGGAAUUUGUCGCCGGGUUGCACUUCCACAUCUUCCUUUCGAAGCCAUCGUCUGAUCAAGCCCGGCUGUCAGAUUCUGGAGAGCGCCACCAUCGAAAACCGCCGAUACCUAAUCACUAAUGACGACGAACAGAAGAAACAGUAACCUUGCGGGGCAUGACCAUACCCUACGAGUACUUGUACCAAUGAUACCAUAUUAUACCAUUUGUGCUCCAUUCCAUUUGAUAUUGUGCGUCAAGUAAAAGUCAAA